CACGGAUUCGAGAGCAGGAGUGAGGGGCUCAUCGAGGGCAAGCGCGGGAAAACGUUCGAGAGCUGGAACAGAGGAGGCAGUGAGGAUCGGCGCAGCAGGAAUUGUCAAGUCGGUUAUGUCAACUACGGGGGACGGUUCACGAGGGGAAUGAGCGGUAGAUUUGGGCAAGAUGGUGGACAGAAGUGGUGGAAGAGGCACAACGGGGGGCGGGGUCAGUGGAGGCCGUCGUUUGCGCUGGACGACGUGGACCGGAGAAGAUGCGGGAAGGACCAGGGUCGGCGGAGGAGUCAAGGGGCGCGGCAAAGUCGAUGAAGAAGUGCGCAGAGGGGACGACGGCGAGAUCACGUCGAGCGGGGGAAGGUCGGGUGGGAGUGUGGCCGAGGGGCUUCGCAGGAGGCUUGCAAAGUACUGGUCAGAGGAUCGGCCCUUCUUGGUCGGCGCCCGGUGCUGCUGCUGCUUGGCUUUCUUUGACGCCUUUGGAACACCUGCUCUAGGCGUGUGGGACCUCGCCACUGCGGCCGUGUCUCUUUGGGGAUGUAUGUGGACGUAGUAAAGGCGUCCGGUGGCGACAGCGCCGCCGACGGCGACCAUCCACGUGAGCCCCGCAAUCGUGAGGCUCAGUGCGGACUGGUCCCAUCCCCACAGCAUCACCGUGAGUUGAAGCAGCUUGUGGGUGUGUCGCAUAGCCCAGUAGAGGACGACCCAUAUCAUGCCGUCUGGAUGAAAGAUGAAGCUCGUGAGCGAGAGCACCGUGAGCCACGCGAGGUAACGCGUUAGUUUGGACUUUUCCUGGCGCUGUUUGGUCGGGUAGUGGUCCGGCGCGGCGGCCGCGAGGCCGAGCGGCACCAGCAGCAUCUGCAGGGGCACGACCAUGAUCGGUGGGGAAUGCAAGAUGAGGUCGAGG